UAAUCAACAUGUUUGUAUCACUAUCAGCGGGAAAAAGCGUGAGAUAGGGCGUCAAAUAAGGAGUAUAAUGUUGAGGGAGUAGAAAGGGGAGGGGUUGCAGCUGACGUGUCUUGUAAUUAGAUAAAGGUGAGGGUGUCUGAUAAGGGAAGCCAUUGUGAAGGGGUGACCUGAUGUCGGAGAGUGAAGGGGAGUGGAGUCCAUGGGGAGGCGACGAGGAAGAGGAGACACAGCGCCCACUCAUCACCACUGGACAGCAACACCACAGCAUAGCAGCGGCGGACAUGGCAGACCCCAUCCUCACCACCCCGCUGGUGGGCAGCCGGCCGGCUCGUGCGCCUCAGUACAUCACAGCCCUGGCAGCCACACUUGGAGCCUUGUCCAUGGGCACCGUGCUGGGCUUCUCCUCCCCCGCCGGUGCCCAGCUCAUCGCCAACUCCACCGCCGGGGACGCCCUGCACCUCAGCCAGGACCAGAACUCCUGGUUCUCGUCCAUCAUGAACGUGGGGGCGCUGGCGGGCGGGCCAGUGGGCGGCCUGUGCCUUAACGCCCUGGGCCGCCGCGGCACCAUGAUGGCCUCCGUGGCCCCGUUCAUCCUGGGCUGGCUGCUCAUUGCGUUGGCCCGGAACUUUGCCACACUGAUGGUGGGGCGAGUGCUGACGGGGCUGUGCACCGGCAUCACCUCCAUGGCCGUGCCCACCUACAUAGCAGAGUACGCCUCGGCCGACAUCAGGGGAACACUAGGCAGUGGUUUCCAGCUAAUGGUGACCAUCGGUGUGGUGUACUCCUAUGUGCUGGGCGCGGUGGUGCCCUCCUGGCGCUGGCUGGCCGGCCUCUGCAUCGUCCCUCUCAUCCUCUACCUCGUCCUCAUGUUCUUUGCCAAGGAGUCCCCGAGCUUCCUUCUGCUCCACGGCAAGGACGAGCGCGCCGCCGCAGCCCUGCAGUACUUCAGAGGGAAGGACACACACAUACAGACGGAGCUGGACAUGAUGCGUUCGUCGGUGGAGGAGCGGCGCCGCAACAAAGCCUCCUUCUCGGACCUCAUGAAGCCCUACGUCCUCAAGCCCUUCUUCAUCUCCCUCAGCCUCAUGUUCUUCCAGCAGUUCUCGGGCGUGAAUGGCGUCCUCUUCAACCUGGCCAACAUUUUCAGUACUUCAGGCUCCACGCUCUCGGACAACGUUAGCUCCAUCAUCGUGGGUCUGGUUCAAGUUGCGGCAACAUUCCUCGCCACCGUGCUCAUGGAUAAGGCUGGACGGAAGAUUCUGCUGAUUGCGUCCUCGUCCAUCAUGGCUGUGUCCCUGGUUGCCUUGGGUGAGUUUUUCUACAUGAAGGAAGGGGACGAGGAGUGGGCGGAGCAAACGCUGGGCUGGCUGCCGCUGCUGUCCCUUAUGGUGUUCAUCGCGGCUUUCUCCAUCGGCUACGGACCCAUCCCCUGGCUCAUGAUGGGUGAACUGUUCCCCUCCAACGUGAAGGAGUUGGCUGCCAGUCAGGCCACCAUGUUCAACUGGACCCUGGCCUUUGUGGUGACCUUCAUCUUCACGCCACUUGAGUCGUCCAUAGGUGAUGCUUGGAUGUACUGGAUCUUCGCCGGGCUGUGUGUGCUCAACCUGGUGUUCUGCGUGACUGUGGUGCCGGAGACCAAGGGGAAGACGCUGGAGGAGAUCACAGCUUCCUUCGGCGCCCCGGCUCCCCCGCCCGUUCCGGAGAGGCGCAACUCCUCCGACUGUUGAGGAGGUCACUCGUUUUUUCCGCCAUAACCAAGGGGAUGUAAGAGGACUCCAAGCUGUCCCAAUGCAGAGUUGUGAUAUGUGUGUGAUAUUACGAGAACCCAAGAAAGAGAGUUGUAGAGCUUAAGACAAGGCGUGAGGGACUGGGAAGGCUGUACUGCCUGUCUCUGCUCCUUAGUACACUCAUCCCUCAAAUAGUACGGUUUCCAAUAGUUCGGUUUUGGUUUUAUGUGGAUUUUCUAAGAAGAUUUUUAAGGAUUUUUAAAUAUCCCAUUGAGAAGGAAAUUUAAAAAUCCUAAAAGAUUUUCCAUGACAAUCUGUAUAAAACCAAAACCGAACUAUUGGAAACCGUACUAUUUGAGGGACGUCACUGUACACCCCAGGCCGCCCGCUUGUGUGUCACCAGGCGUUGCUACAGAUCAAGGAGCACAGAGGGGUGUUAGGAGGCCUCGCUGCUGGGUGGCUUAACGGUCAAGUGUUCCAUUAAUCAUUUUUUACCCCAUUGAAUUUUCUACGCUUCAGUUUUUUUCUCGGAACAAAUAUCUUAUACCUUAAUUUUUCUCCCUCAUUUAAUUUUCUACGUCAGUUAUUUUACAACUUAAUUUCUACCUCGUUUGAUCUGUUUACAUUUUUUACUUCAAUUUUUUUUUUAUCUUAUUCAAUUUUCUACAACCAUUUUUUUACACUAAUUAAUUGAGGCAACACCUUAUUUUUUACAUCAAUUAAUUUACAA